CUCCUGCCUCCACCGGGCUGGCUCCGCACUGCAGAUACCCGUUGGCUGCUCAGUGCUGGGCGGCUUCCCUCGCUGUCCCGCAAGUCCCCUCGGUAUCAGGGCGCCAACCGCGCGCUCUCGCGGUUCCCGGGGGACCCUCACCAGCGCCGACUCACCGGGCCUCGCGCGCGAAGUCGCUGCACCGGCGGGGCGGUGGGGCGGAAGGCGGACGGUGGCUGCGCAGGAGCCCAGGGCGCUCUCGGAUGCGACAGGACAAGCUGAGCAGCUCCCUGAGGCGCGGGGGAAAAUGCCUGAAGCGGCAGGGCGGCGGCGGUGGCGUGGGCACCAUCCUGAGCAAUGUGCUCAAGAAGCGCAGCUGCAUCUCCCGGACGGCGCCCCGGCUGCUCUGCACCCUGGAGCCGGGGGUUGAUACGAAGCUGAAGUUCACACUUGAGCCAUCUCUAGGUAAAAAUGGUUUUCAGCAGUGGUAUGAUGCCCUCAAGGCAGUUGCCAGGCUAUCCACUGGAAUACCCAAGGAAUGGAGGAGAAAGGUUUGGCUGACCUUGGCAGAUCAAUAUUUGCACAGUAUAUCCAUUGAUUGGGACAAAACCAUGCGCUUCACUUUCAAUGAGAGGAGUAAUCCUGACGAUGACUCGAUGGGAAUUCAGAUAGUCAAGGAUCUUCAUCGUACAGGCUGUAGCUCUUACUGUGGCCAGGAGGCAGAGCAGGACAGGGUUGUGUUGAAGCGAGUGCUGCUAGCCUAUGCCCGGUGGAACAAAAAUGUUGGGUACUGCCAAGGCUUUAACAUCCUGGCUGCGUUAAUUCUGGAGGUCAUGGAAGGCAAUGAAGGCGACGCACUGAAAAUCAUGAUUUACCUUAUUGAUAAAGUGCUUCCUGAAAGCUACUUUGUCAAUAAUCUCCAGGCUUUGUCUGUGGAUAUGGCCGUCUUCAGAGACCUCUUGAGAUUGAAGCUCCCGGAGUUGUCACAGCAUUUGGAUAUGCUGCAGAAAACUGCGAACAAAGAAAGUGGAGGUGGAUACGAGCCGCCACUUACGAACGUCUUCACCAUGCAGUGGUUUCUGACUCUGUUCGCCACAUGCCUCCCUAAUCACACAGUGUUAAAGAUUUGGGACUCAGUGUUCUUUGAAGGAUCAGAAAUCAUCCUAAGGGUGGCACUGGCUAUCUGGGCAAAAUUGGGAGAGCAGAUAGAAUGCUGUGAAACAGCAGACGAGUUCUAUAGCACCAUGGGGCGUCUUACCCAGGAGAUGCUGGAGAAUGAUCUUCUGCAGAGCCAUGAACUGAUGCAGACUGUUUAUUCUAUGGCUCCAUUCCCUUUUCCACAACUUGCCGAGCUGAGGGAAAAGUACACCUACAACAUCACACCAUUCCCAGCCACGGUCAAGCCCACCUCAGUUUCUGGGCGACAUGGGAAGGCCCGAGACAGUGAUGAGGAGUAUGACCCAGAUGAUGAAGAUGCUAUUGCUAAUGCAGUGGGGUGUCUUGGACCUUUCAGUGGGCUCCUUGCCCCUGAACUACAGAAGUUCCAAAAACAAAUGAAAGAGCCGAAUGAGGAGCAAAGUCUGAAAUCGAAUAACAUUGCAGAGCUGAGUCCAGGUGCAAUCAAUUCCUGUCGCAGUGAAUACCACGCAGCUUUCAACAGUAUGAUGAUGGAACGCAUGACCACAGACAUCAAUGCAUUGAAGCGGCAGUAUUCUCGAAUUAAAAAGAAGCAACAGCAGCAGGUCCACCAGGUGUACAUCAGAGCAGACAAAGGGCCCGUGACCAGCAUUCUCCCAUCUCAGGUAAACAACUCUCCAGUUAUAAACCACCUCCUUUUAGGGAAAAAGAUGAAAAUGACCAACAGGGCCUCCAAGAAUGCUGUCAUUCACAUUCCUGGUCACACAGGAGGCAAAAUAUCACCUGUUCCCUAUGAAGACCUUAAGACGAAGCUCAACUCCCCGUGGCGAACGCACAUCCGAGUCCACAAAAAGAACUUGCCUAGGACCAAGAGUCACCUGAGCUGCGGGGACACCAUAGGGCUGAUUGAAGAGCAGGGUGAGGGCUGCAAGCCCAGCAGUCUGGGACCAGCUGAGGAGCUUCCCACCUGCCAUGCCCCAGCAGCUGCCAGCACAGAACGCAGCAGCUCCGAUGGCGGCCCAGGGAGGACCAUCGAAGGGCAGUCUCCAGAGCCCGUGUUUGGGGAUGCCACUGAGGUGGAUGCAUCUGAAGUGCAGGUGAAAUUGGAAUCCUUAAACCUGGAUGCAGGGGAUGCUGCGGCCGAUGCAGAGCCCCGCGUGCUCCCACCCAGUCAGCGGCAGCCCCCAGAGCUGUCUGACACCCCUGGAGAGAACAGAGCCACCAGCAAGCCUCUUCAAGGCAGCAACUCGAAAACUCCCAUCUUUAGCCCUUUCCCCAGUGUGAAACCCCUGCGGAAAUCAGCCACAGCCAGGAAUUUGGGGUUAUAUGGCCCCACGGAAAGAACCCCAACUGUGCACUUCCCUCAGAUGAGCAGGAGCUUCAGCAGACCUGGUGGUAUUGGCAGCGGCGGUGGUGGCAGUGGCAGCAGCUCUAAGAAACGGUGAUGUCUCCAAAACACUCACCUGGGCCUGCUGGUGGAAGAGUUCCUGUUGAAUGACUCCAGAAGGUUCUGUUUGUCUACUGCCCAAGACAGAGAACUUCGGAGCUGGGCCACAGCUGAUCCAUAUGGGAACUACAAGUUUUGUAAAGGGAGCCAGAAAAAGGAUGUGUCCCCAGCCCCUUGAUGACUGAUAGUGAAGUAAUUGUUGUGACAAACAGUUGGGGUACCCCAAUUUUCCACUGUAAGCUGUUUAGGAAAGACUCUAUUUCUAGACUGUUAACCUCACUUCUGUUCUCCUGCUCUGAGGGCUUCUUGGGGUUCCUGUGGAACAGCAGCUCCAAAUCUUCCAGUUUCCUGGGUGUUAUAACACCUUAAGCAUGCAUACACCAGCUUCUAGAACAGAAAGUAUCAAAACAAAUUGAAUUUGUUAGUUGGCAAAAAAAAGUUUUCUCUUCAUGCUGUAUUUGGGGGUUUGUAUGUUUGAGUUUUCCCUCAUCAUGAAUGUCAAAGUUAUUUCUCAUUCUUCUGCUAAAGCAUAGGAGGAAAAUCUCCGUAGCCUUCCUUUAACUUUCUACCUACGAAACAAGGACAGUCUUUAAUCUGUUGAAAUUUAGGUUGAUGAUCAAUUUAAAGAUCAUAUGCAGACAACACAGACAGGAUGUGCAUUAAGCAAUUACUCUGGGCUGCUUGCUGAUUCACUAAGCUUUUCCCUGGGUUCAUUUUCUCCUCGCAAAGAAAACUGCUCUUCACUAGUGCAGACAGCCUGAUGCAUUGAGCAGGGAGCUUGUCCUGUGUCCUCAACCAUGUAGCUAAUUUACCCACCAGCUUGCCACAGCAGACACUCCAGGCCUCUCUGCUCAGAAGCGAGAACACAGCACCUGCGACUCUGUUACUUGAAUUUUGUGCUUUUUUGAUUGGAGGACUUUGUGGAGUAUUUUGUUACUUGAACACUGCCUUUUUCCAGAGAAGGCCCCAGGGCUUUCUAACUCUGUCUCACCUUCUUCACUCCUACCCCUGGUCCCAGAGGGUCAGAAAUAGCACCUCUUGUCUCCACUAUGCAGUUGGGAACUCUGAGCCACAUAAAGGUGAAAUAGCACUUCAGUCACUCAAGGUAAAUAUUCCUGGUAUUCCAUGUGACUUAGCCACGUUUCUUCUAGUACAGUAGGCAAGCUCCACAUUCUUUGUAUACAGAUGCACUGCUACAGAGGGUAUGGAAACCAAGACUGGGAAGCUGCUCACCACAUUCCCUUGUGACUCCAAGCACUUUUGUCCAGAUGGCACAGAGCCAGCUCUUCCUGCCCUACCUUGGAAAGGUACCUACUUCUAAAAAUACAGUGUGUUGCUGUCAUUUGGCUGAACUAAAGUUUCCUUCCACUACCACCAUGAGAAGGAUGGACUCAGCAUCUAUGUCUUUGUCCUGGGAAGACUGUAGCAAUGCUCACGGGAAGCAUGUUGAUGUCAUUGGAGGUCACUGGGCGCUCAUUCUAAAGCCAAGGCUGCAGCUUUAGAGAGAGAGCAUUUACUGUGAGAGUUUAUUUUAUGAUAAAAUAGAGAAUGUGGUUGUAGGAGUUUUUUUUUUUUAAAAAACAGAAAAUACAAGAAUCACAUACACAGUGAGCAAAGCCGUUUUGUCGCCUUCAUGUUAUUUUUACAAACCCAAAGAAACCGAAGAUGGAUAAUAAUGUCUAAGAAGUUGUUGCAGUUUUGACCUUGAGCUUUGUGUCAUAUGAAGUUAGAUUGCAGCUUCUUUAAAUCAUCCAUGCUGCAGCCUGUUUCUUGGGAAAGGUGUAGGUGGACAGUUGAGGUUACUUUGUUUGCCACCUGCAAGAGCUGAGACCCACUGCGUUUUCCAAAAUUAAGGAAAUGACAUAGUCUGCCUACACCUCCCAAACUUGAUGCGAUUUCCACCUCAUACUUCUUUCUUCUCCCCCAUCCUUAAGCAUCAGAGUAAUCAGUUCCCUUGGAAGGAUAUUUGAUUGAUUGGAGAAUUGUUGCUUCCUCCCUUGAGUCAGCUCACUAGCUCUCUGAAAGUCUGGGUUUGGGAUGGGCAAUGAGGUGGAGCCAUCUGGCAAUUGAGUGUUGGAAGUGCAUCCUUGUACACUGUAAGCAUCUCACCUGCUCCCUGGACUUGAAGAGGGGAUGGAUGAAAUGACCCAUAUUUGGGGAAAAUAUUUAUUGAUGAAAGAGUAAAGUCAUUUGAGGGACCAAAUUACCUGGUCACAAUUUUACAUAUCCAGCAGAUUCCUGUGAAACUACUCCACCAACAAUGUGCAUGCACUGUAGCAAGUAACUACAAUGUGAAUAGGUCAACUUACAAGCCUUGCCUACUUUAGGAAACAAAGAAAUCUACAGUAGCCUCUGCCAUGACAGCAUGUACAAGACCAGAAUGGACUUGCUCUCUUCCCCAUGUCUUGGACACUGUAUGCAAACACCAGAAGUACUUAACAAGUAGCCGUUCAUCAUAGACAUGUCGGUACGCUCCCUGCACUUCUGUCGGGAGGGGACCGGCACCUCAGCUCUUUCACAAAGGUCUCCAGGUAGUCUACCCCUGAUUUGUAAUGUCCACCUCUGGGCUGUGACUGUUUGGAAUGUUGUAUUCUUUUUCUCUUUUUGUCUCUGUUGUUCUGAAGAGUUGUUCUGAUCACAGAUAUAUGCAUAAAGAUUCUCAUGA